AUGGAGACCAUCAACAACAUCGCCAGCAGCGCCAGCAAGCUCAUCUAUGGAGACCCAAAGGCCGAGUCGGGCCAAGAGCCCAUCUCGGGCCAGUCGGGACGGGGCACUGUAGACGAGCCCUUUGACAGCGGAAACCUUGAGGGAGUUCCCGAUAUGUCUGGCAAAUCCGCAGCUGAGAGACUGCCUUCCGGGCCUCCGAACAACAUCAACCGCACCACUCCAUACUCCUUCGCUGACACAUCCCGCUGGAACACAGAGAGCGGCACUGACCACCUCACCGCGAACCCGGCGUCCAACCCGUCUGAACCGGAGAGCCUGGCCGACCGCACCAGGAACUUUGGCGAGAGCACGGAUGCGCAAUUCCCGGGUGGGGAGAGCAACAAGUUCACAAGCAGCACCGGCCCAGACACCACCACCUCCACCACGGACACCCCGUCCUCGACGUCCAACCCGCUAAGCAGCGGCGGCCUCGGCGGCGGUGACCCGUACUCCACCCCCAACAACACCACCACCACCUCCACCUCCACCUCCAACCCUCUGAGCAGCAGCGGCGGCGCCAUCACCGGAAGCGACCCGUACUCCACCCCCAACAACCCCUCCUCCUCGACGACGACAGCAACACCCGCGCCCCCAACAACCGGCACCAGCGCCGCCCAAGGCGGCCCCAUCCGCCCCGAACGCGACACCCCCGGCACGGGCGUGACGUCGCUGCACGACACGUCUUCGUCCUCCCCGGCAUCUGCAUUGCAGGACGCGCGCCCGUCGGAAGCCUCGGCGGCGGACCCGUCGACGGCCAAGGCCGGCGGGUUCGGCACGGCGGAGCCGAGCGUCGGCGCGGCGCCGGGUAGUGGCGGUGACGCCGCGUACGGGCAGAAGCAGCAGGGUGGGGACAGGCCGGCGGAGGCGCCGACGACGGGGGAGCAGGUGGAGGGGGUGAGGGGGAAGAAGGAGGUGGGGGAGGAGGUUGUGGCUUCGGGAGGGGCGGGGGCGUUGGGAGGGAAGGAGAGGAAGAGGGAUGAGGAGGACGAGGACGAGGACGAGGAAAAGUCCAAGGGGACGGGCGAGAAGGUGGUCAAGCAGACGGCGUUCAAGGCCGAUGGAGGCGAUUUCGAUGCCAGUUUGCCGGGGGCCGGGAGGGAGGCUGAUCGGCUGCUGGAGCAAAAGGGCGUGCACAAGGGGGAUGACGUGUCGCCUUCGCGUUCCGACGACGUCGACGAGAACGGCAACGGAGGCGGCGGGAAGAGCAAGACCAGCAUGGGCACCAAGAUCAAGGAGAAGCUGCACAUUGGCAGCAAGCACAAGGAGUGA